UUUGUUGCUGUAUAGUCAUUUGCAAGUUGAGCACAGUGCAUGUGUAGGUGCUGAAAAGAAAGGCAUAUGGUUUUAUGGGUUUGAGUGGGAAGAGUAGGAGAUGGCCCCCAACUUGCUCAUGUCUCCAGUGCUGCCCUUAACCCACAUUCUUGCUAUAUUGAGUCGUGACUGCCAGCUUUUAUUUAUCCUGCUUGUGCCGUGUAUCCACAAUCGAUUGAGAUUCCCAAUGUCAGUAAAGUUGCAUGUAUUGGUGAUGGUGCAUCCUGCAUUGAGCUGGUCUGCGCGUAACAUGAGGGAGGUCAUGUAUGCUUGCCAGCUUGUUUUCGACGUAGCUUGUAUCUGCAUGUCUCCAGUAGUGUACUACCCACAUAUUGUUGUUCCAGGAAAGAUAGAAUCGUGUAUGUUUGCCACGACUUUAUAUCGUCACUGGAAUGGUCUCAUCGCACAAGGUAGUAGUAGGUCUUUUCAAAUCAGAGUUGACUUGCGUCUUAAGGACGCCAGACGUACAGAGCAAUAGCACUAGCUGUACAUACUGGCGCACACAUAUAUAGAGUGGUUGAUCUCCAUUCCGGUUACACCACCCAACGAAGAGUAGCCAGUAGACCGACAGCGCAGGCACGAGUCCAAGACAGUUGAUAAUGUAUCACUGGAGCACAUCGUCUUCUCCUUGUUAUAGCAACAGCGGCAGCGGUAGCAGCAAUGGUCCCUUGCUCCCCUCCAUGGCGUCCAGCAGCUACGGUGAUCUGCUGCUCCUACAAGAGCAGCAGCAGCAGCAGCAUCACUACUACUCCCAGUCGAUGCAACGUGUGAUGAGCGCCGGAGACCUCCAAGCUCUGCCGGGGCCGGGGCCGGCUCCGGUGGGGCGGUACAGCGCGGAGGAGCGGCGGGAGCGCAUCGAGAAGUACCGCACCAAGCGCAACCAACGCAACUUCCAGAAGAAGAUAACGUACGCUUGCCGGAAGACGCUCGCGGACAGCCGGCCGAGGGUGAAGGGCCGCUUCGCGCGCAACGUCGACGACGACGCAGCAGCAGAUCAGCCGGAAGAUGCGACGACGGCGGCGGUGGCGGCGGAUAUGUCUCUGGUCAACGACGCCAGCAGCAGCAGCAGCAGCAUGCCGCCGGAGUGGUGGCCGGCAAUGCAGGGCGCGCUGGCCGUGGAGGACGACGAGCUCAUCGCCUCCUACCUUGCCGUCUCCUCCAUCAACCUCUACUAGUAGCUAGCUAGCUGCUUAAUUACUCUCAUCGAUCUAUAUAGCUCAAUGAUCUAAUCGCUCUUAUAUAUUUUUUGAAGGGAGUACUUACUUAUCUAAUUUAUCAUCAAGUAUUAAGAAAAGACAAGUAUUUUCUUUUGGUUUCUCUCUCAACAAAGCUGGCUAUAUGUACUGGAACUGCCA